AUGCCUCAAUUUACCUGCUCAUUUUGCCACCAAACCAAGCCAACACUCCAGGGCUUACGCUCGCAUAUCUCCCAGAAAAGAUCAUGUCGACUAGUUUUUCUUCGCAAGGUCGCAAAGGGCCGUGCUAUUCCAGGGGAAGAUGUUGAAGCUGCACAUCAAGACGGGCCUCCUGCCAGUGAAGAAGAUGGAGGUGAUACCAGAGAUGAAAAUGAUGUGAUGUUAGAUGACCCGGAUGUUGAUUCAGAAGCAAUGGUGCUGCCGGACCCGAUGGAGAGAGCUGAAACUGGAGAUCCUGGGCCAGGGUCAAGUCUGUUGGAAGAGGAACCUCCUGUACAACAGAAUGCCCGGCGUGCAACUGUUGAGGACGUGGAAGAUGAGGAGUUUGGUGGCUUACCAAAGCAUCCAUAG